UCUGCUGGUCGGGCUAUCUUUUGCCAGGCUUCUGUGAAUCUAUAUAUUCCAAGUCGUUUGGCUGAUGCCGCGGACACGAUUGAUAAGCUACUGACGGCAGGAAACCAGACAAGGCUACUCCCUACGUGGGACGGAGAUACUCUACUCGUCGUGUCGCCUAACUCGUUGCUGGCUCAACAUUACCUCAAUUCUCAAAAUCCAAGCUCAGCUUCGCUGAGUUCAGCUUUAGGCAUCUCUCCUCUUGGUCACAGGUCAGGCCGUGCAGAUACGAAAAUGGUUGAUUCCUCUCGGAAUGCUCACCCUUCGUCCGGUGACCGUGUCAUGGCCUUUGGACUGAUGGACAAUUUUGCCGGUCUUGUAACACAUCCGCGAAUGCUUGCUCUCUUGUUGCUUCUGACCAUCGGUAUGCCUCUAAUUAUCUUAGUUGGCCUAACAGUACUCCUCUUACUCUAUCGUUCUCAUCGCGCCAGUGUGAACAGUCAACAGCUGAGUCGUCACCAGGCGAAGCAAAUGUCACAUGGUGACAAGGCGACAAAGAGGUCGACUAUAUCAGAACCCCUUCAGGAGGCAAGGAUGGGCGUGACGGAGGGUAGGUCGAGUGGCGAUCAUAUCUUGGCGACGAGCAAAGUGACAACCGGCACCGACUUUCCUGGUUCACCUGCGAUCUGGGAAAUGGAAGGAAAAGUUGCUCCAGUUGGCAGCAUCGACUUUUCAAUGAAUAUAAGCUCGUGCUCGACUGAAGUAGCUUUCAACGCAAAUUCUCGUAUAAACAAGGAAGGUUCAGUGUCAAUUGCACCGCCAGAUGAAGGCAUCCAUCUAUCUAAUUCUCUUUUUGGAAGAAUCAUUUCUUGGUUCACUGGAUCUAUGCGAACUGAGACUGCAGGAGACGAUCUGGAGACGGCUAAAGCGAGCCACUACAGUCAUAUGCACUGCAAUGAAGACUCUUGUCUAAACGAUCUAAGAUGUCCAAGCUGCAAUCAUCUGAACGAAGGUGACAGUGAUGUCUAUUCUCGUGCAGAGGUCAGCUCCAGACUUGUCACUGAACCAAGAAAAAUGCAGAUUGUCAAGAAUAAUUUGCAAUCAAGGUGCGCCGUUGGACUCAAAUCUCAACCGACAGACGACAAAGGUGACUAUUCUUGGAAAUGA